AUGAAAAUGAAAGCAUUAGUUUCCUUCAAAUACAAGCUUUUCAAACCAUGCAAAAAACUCCUCCUAAUCCUCAGAUUCAAGCUCAAAAGACCAGUCUUUAUAAGAGCUCUAAGGAAUCGUUCACACCAUGCCAAAACUGGGAAAACUCAGUCAAAGAAUCGAAUUAGAGGAUUACUAUCAUUCUUUCAUUUGUUUAAGAAGCCGAAGAAGAUGGGCCGACUGAUGGAGCUUAGGAGUCCUUCAGAUUCAGUCAGUGACAGAAGACUCCUUCCAUCACCUCUUACGCCAGCUUAUUUACGAGCUAGCAGAGGUGGAAAAAGAGAAUUCUUUGGAAACGACGAAGUUGAAGAUGCCUGCAGGAGUUUCGAGAACUAUUUGGUUGAGAUGAUUAUUGAAGAAGGGAGGGUAAAGGAUUUGAUGGACGUCGAAGAGCUUCUCUAUUGUUGGAAGAACCUCAAGUGCCCAGUUUUCAUUGAUUUGGUUUCUAGAUUCUAUGGAGAGCUAUGUAAAGACUUGUUUUCAACAGUUGAAGAAGAUGGCGGUGAUGAUGACGACGACGAUGAUGGUAGUGAUAGUGGCAAUGAUUCAGAAAGCGCUAAGUGAUUCGGGUUUAAACCAAAUUAAAGGGAAUAAAACCCAACGUUUU